GGUUGACGUUGCAGCACAAUAAUGUCUAGCAACAAUGUAAACUAUUGAAUUCACAUUCUUUUUAAAACGAAAAAAAUUAUAAACGAAGUGAGAUAUAUAAAUAUUUAAAAUAUAGACCGAGGCUUAUAUAUAUUGGUAAUUUUUUGACACUAUGCUCUAUCCGAUUCUUAUUUAGUCAGUGAGCCUAAAGUAAAAUAGCUGCGUCUAUUCGGAUCCGCCUGACCCGGACCCAGGUAUCAGAAUGAGAGUUUGGUCAGUUUGGAUCUAUUGAAAAAUAUUAAAAAUAUUAUUGUAGGAUUUUUAAGACAAAAUUAGGUAUCAAAUGAAAGAUAAUUUCCGUCUUACAAAUUUUGUCUUACAACCCAACCAUAAUAUUUAAAAUAUUUUAAAAAAUCCCAACCUCUCACUUCUGGGACCCAGGUCAAAUAGCCUCUUCAUUAUAAUAAUUCAUUAAUUGCAGUGAGUUCUCAGUCACUGCUCAGACUAGGUCUAGGUACUUUGAAUUGCACUCACUGUCACAGAGCCACAAUCUGAGUCUCAUCCAUCAUUUAAAUUUAUGAAUUUUAAAAUUAUUUUAAUAAUAUUUUAUGUGGUACGACAAAAGUUAAUAAGUUUACCCUACUCCUACCAUUCCAGGUUCCUUAUUUGAACUUAUUUGGUACUCCUCAGAAAGGCGGUCCCAAAUUAAAAUAGAAUACUGUUCGUUAGAAGGUACCCGGCUACCAGCAUAAUAGCCGCCGAUAAUUGGUGUCAUAUUUGUUUACGUCUAAUGCUCUAUUUAAUUUUUUUUUCUUAUAAAGAUCGCAAACUUCAUCAACCUUUUCAUCUUCAUCUCCUGAAAGAAAUUUUUUUUUAAAGAAGAAGGAAAAAUAAAUAAAAAUGCACGAGAGAUACAAAAGUUAUCUCUGUUGAAUUGCUUUUUUGUAUUCAGCAAGCCACACUAACCAAGCCAUACACAUACAGUGCCUUCGGCGUUGUGUCAUACUCAUAAUCAUAAGUUUGUAGAAUGUUUCCUGACAAAAUAUUAUUUGAAAUAUGGUAUUGUAAAUUAAAUAUUAUUAAAAGCAAUAAUAGGUGUGCAAACAAAAUUUGAAGUAAAAAAAAUUAUGUCACAAAUUAUCUGCGGCUAUUAGGCUGGCAGCCGGACAAUUUCAAAUGAAAAGUAUUCAAUUUUUAAUUUGGGACCGCCGUUCUGAGGAGUGCCCCUUUUUUCUACAUUGAAAUUACAUUCUUUUCAUGACUGGAAUAAUAUUCAGGAAUGGAAUAUAAACCUUGUAAUCUUAAAACUGAACCACAUUAACUUUAUUCUAUUUUCUUCCUUUUGAUGUGGCCAGUGGCCCUGACCUUACUUUGACUCUUGAAAUGGUCCUUAGUCCUAGGCCGAAUUCUAUUAGAGUUGUAAUCAUACUAAAUUUCUUAUCCUACUUUUCUUAGGUCAUAAUGGAAGAAACAGAUGUGACUCUGAAUUUUGGAGAAGAAGAUGAUCUAGUUGAUAAGGACAAGAAUUUAAAGUAAGUAUCACAUAGUUCAAAUUUUGAAAGGGAAAAUUUUUUGCAUAUGACAUGAAAUAAACCAUAGCUAAAUCCCCUGCCUUACGGUAAGACACCUUUUAUCAAGCUUUUUCCUGUCUAGGGGCUAGACUUCAGUUUUUUAGUUUUAAAACAGCCUUAUAAAAAAACAAACUAUUAACAGCUAACAUUAAAUGGUAAUAGUUCAUCCAGUCCUAACAAAUUGGCUGAUUAUGGUUUAAAAACUAUUUAAUGAAACAUUUAGGUCAAAUAAAAAGGAAACUAACUAAUAAAUUUGGCACUGCUCCCUGGUUCAAUGGGAAACUUGUUCAUCGAUCCUUCAAACUUAAAAGUUUGGAAAACACUGGUAUAAAAUAUUCAUUCAUUCAGUCCUUAUUCGUUGACAGGUUCUUGAGACAACAGUCAAAAGAAUGCAAUUUCUUUAUGAGCUGUGUUCAGGGCCAGAUUUCUAUUCCACAUUUUGAUUCUAUAGUUCUGGAUCAGGUUCCAGUUUGGCUUUUCCUGGCCUUUCCAUCAUCAUGCUUGUUUGGAAAAGUGAGCUUCCGAUCUGAUGUAUAAGUGGUCUUUAAGCAUUCUUAUCUGUAGAGGAAAAUACCUAAGACAUUAAUUUAAAAAUAUUUUGGUCUUGAUGUGGAUCCUUAAGCUCGAAGAUCUCCAUAUGAAUGUCAAAAUUCCGAAUGUCAAAAUUCCUAAUGUCUGUCAUUGUCACCAUCUGUAAUGUCCUCGCCAAUGCUGUAUUAAGGGCAGUUUCCCAGGGCCUCAUGCUUCUAGGCGCAUCAAGCUUCUAGGGGAAUCAUGCUUUCCAAAUUGUUAAUAAAUAUUGAAAGAUCUUUUGUCACUUAAAUUUUAUUUAACUGUUUAACUACAAUACACUGCUGGUAGGGCCAAAGUUUCCUUCUAUCAUGGCUAUGAACUGCUGUGCGCGACACAAAAAAAAAGUUUGUUUCAUUGUAAAAUUAGUGAUAUAUUUAAAUUCUUACUUUCGUUUCAAUUUGAGAUUUUAAUUUACUGACAGAAAUUUAAUUUAAAAACCGCAUGGGACAGUCAGUCAGAAUGUAAAUAAUUUAUCGUGUUUUGAGGGUAGUUGGCAAGUAUUUUUCGUGGCAACUAGCAAUAAGGUUACCAAAAGCAAACAUACAUUAAAUAAGUUGGAGCUAUGUUUAUUCUUUUACUGAUUUUUAUAAAUUUGGAAACAUUUUCUAAUUUGGUGUAGAUGUGAUUACAUAAGUUAUUAGCCGCGACUAUUCGCACCCGGGUACCAGAAGUGAGAGGUUGGGAUUAAAAAACUACUUAAAAUAUUAUUGUUAGGUUUGUAAGACACAUAGGAGCCAGAAUGAUCAAUUGAUUGAUCGUGGGCCCUCAAAGUAAAGAAGAAGAAGAAGAAGACAAAAUGAGGUAUCAAUUGAAAGAUAAUUGAAUAGGCUAUAUGUUUGUGUUUGUUUUUCAUGUUGUUUUUGUCUACUAUGAUUAUUGAUUAUUUCUACUUCUAGUAUUAAAGAAGAUCAGUUUCAAUUUUUUUUCUCUUAACUAGUGUUUUGAGUAAUUACACUGUGUUUGGGAUUGGGUAAUUUCUUGAAAUUUCAUGAUCAAACAGAAAACAACACAGUUCCUUGACAAGCAGACAACAAGGUUAAUUUAUUACAAAUUACAGACAUUUCACAUCUAAAAAAUGAAUUCACUAAAAUAUAAAGGAUACUUCGUUGAAAUUUUCACACACACAAACUAUCAAGGGUUCUAAAACUUUAUCAAGCAACCUUCUCCUAAGCUUGUGUCCCCUACGUGAAUGCUGUACAAAACGGUCUGAUAAAGUGGGACCCCCACUUCAUACUUAAUGACUAUUGAAUGCAUGUAUGAUUAAAUUUGUAUUUGUGUUAUGAAGUUAUAAUAAGUGGGACAUAAAUAAAUCCAAUUAUUUUUUAGACACACAAUAAUAGGUUAUGUUUUUGCUUUUUCUGUUUCAGACAUCCAAUUGCUGUGUUCUUUCACAUCUUCUUCAGGGCUGCAGCCUUGAUCGCAUAUCUUCUUUGUGGAUUAUUUAGUUCAAGUUUUAUCACAAACUUUGUAGUAAUUAUACUUCUAUUAUGUAUGGACUUUUGGACUGUAAAGAAUGUCACUGGUAAGUAAGCCUUUUUAUUCAACCUUAACUCAAAUGUAAGAAUGGACUAAUAAGCAUAUAGGCCAAUUACCCAAACUUUUCUAGAUGACCCAUUCCGACUAAUUUAUUAUUUUUUAAUUGUUCUUUGAAAAUUUGUUUUUGUAAUUAAUUGUAGGUAAUUGGUAUAGUAUAAUAUUUAAUAAGUAAAUCUCAUAGAGUAAACUAUAAAGUAUCUUUUUGGAUUGAAAGGAACAAGAGUAUAUCAUUAAUAUUAUUGACACCGGAGUAUUUUGGAUGCUUAUGAUUCUCAAACAUUUGAUCCUUGCACCUGGACUGGAGAAAGUCUAAUUGCAGAAAUCAGCUUUUGUUGAUACUGCCAGCUGCAGCCAGAAAUGUGCCAAUUAGAGAAUUAGGUAAUCUGAAAAAGCCACAUCAUCUGAAAUGGAUGUACACUAAACAAAAAAAUGGCUAUGAAAUGACCAAGCAAAAAUAUGGUUAGGAAAUGACCAAGCAAAAAUAUGGUUAGGAAAUGACCAAAGAAAGAAAUAGAAAAGUCUUCACAACAUGGAGAUGAAUUAUAAUGUUUAUGUUGUGUCCAAUGAGUCAUAGUGAAAAUUGUCAAACAGCAAGGAUUAGAACAAUUGACCAGUGGAAAAAUUAUAAAGUACAAAAGCAGCCCUAAGAGUAGAAACUAGCAUUCAUCUGAUUUUGUGCAAUUUGAAAAAAAUAAAAUAAAACAUCUAAAAUUCUAUUAAAAAGAAUGAUCUAGAUUUACAUCUACCAUCUAAAUUUAAGUCAAUUAAUCAGUGAAAUUUGAGGCAGUACUAAUAACUGGAAAAACAACAGAAUAAGCACAUAGGCCUCAAUGUCAAUCUACUUAUUUAAGAAUCUUACACUAUAAUUAAUUAUUAUGCUAUUUAUACCCAAUUUUUUUUUUUUUUUUAAAGUAAGUUCUUCACAGUACCAGUAUAGGUCUAAAUGGUUUGUGAAAUAAACAAAAGUAAAACUUUUCUUAGUUAAAUUUCGCCUUAUGCAACAAGAUCUCAUUUCACAAAAGUUUAUAAUACAUUGAAUCACUUGUACAAUCGCUAAUUUUUUCAAAAGUAAUGGAAGAGUAUAAAAAAUGCUAUCUACUAUCUGGAUUCAUUUUGGAUAACGUCAGGCUGGUCCUUCUUUUAAGAGUUUUAUCAGUUUCAAAACUUGUCAUGGUUAAAAUGAUCAAAUUGCAGCACAAAUUGUUAAAUUAUUUUUUUCAUCCGUAUGCAGGUAGGUUAUUGGUUGGAUUGCGCUGGUGGAAUUAUGUGGACGAGAAAGGAGUAAGCCGUUGGAUUUAUGAAUCGCGGAAGGUAAACACAAAUGCUGAUUUAUGGGACAAGAUGUUAUAAGAACAUUUAGAAUUUGUUAGCCGUGUCCUAAGAUAAAGCUUAAUUUAAAAAUAUUAGAAGAUGGUAUCCCAGCAUUGACUUAAAAUUUAUUUAGACACUAUUUCAUCUCAAAUUUCAGGGUUCAGGUUCCAUCAAAAUUUCAGCGGCUGAAGCAAGAAUAUUCUGGUUAUCUCUUGUCAUUUGUCAACUUUUGUGGGUUGUGUUUUUCUUUGCUGCAAUAUUCCAACUCAGCUUUAAGUGGUUUGUAAGUUCCUUUGCUGACUUAACUAAAUUAAUUCUCUUCAACAUUGGCUUGGUGUUUAGACUCUGGACACGACCUAUGUAAUCGGUGUUCAGACACUGGACAUGACUACAUGCUUGUGGCCAACGGUAUCAAUAAAUAACAUUGUUCUAUUAAAACAGUUAAAAGGAUUAGAUUUUAUUGUUCAUUUCAUUUUAACAUCCCCAAUUAAAAAAGUAUGAUUUCCAGAACAGUUACAAAAUUUACUUAAUUAAAAACUCAUCGGUUUUUAACUUAACUUAACUAGACUUUUAAACAACUGUACAUAUCACAACUGUCUUCAGAGGUCUUUUAUUUUCCAAUUCACACCAAAUAACCAAAACUUAACUCAUUCCCGACGGUUGCUACUUAAUGCGUCCUUUGGGGGUUUGACGGAUGCGUCCAAAUGCUUCCCGGCGCAUAGCGACACACUUCUCUCAAGUCAAUUUAAAAAUAGCACUGAAAUCUCACAUCCCUCAUGACUUCCUGCAAUGGCAUAAUUCAGUGUGAUUUCAAUCAUUUUUGGAUGUAUUUGUCCUUAAAUCAUUAACAUUAAUUAAUAUUUAGCAGCUUAAAAAAUAUUUUACAAAUGUAAAUCAAUUGCAAGAUGGAGUUACUUCCCUUUCUCAGGCAUAUACAUUAAUUAUGGAAGUAGCACUGCCGUAAGGAAUGAGUUAAAAGCUGUAAAUCCCAUCUAGGUAACAAACCAACAAUUUGUUAAUUUUUGUGUAAUAAUCUAAUUCGUUUGAUCUAUUUUGAAAACAGGAAUGCACUGUUUACAUUUUAUUCUUUUACAAUUACAGCAAAAGACUUGUUUUGUACUUAAUUUUUGAUUUGGAAAUGCAAUAAUUAUUAUAAUAAUUGAAAUCAAUUUUAAUAUGCCAGAUGGUGGUGGUUGUUGGUUUCCUCAUGAAUGGAGCAAACUUGUAUGGAUAUGUACGCUGUCGAGUUGGAGCCAAAAAAAAUUUGUCGUCAGUAGCUACAAAUUUCUUGUCCACACGUCUGUUUACAUCAGUAAGUUUAAUUAACUGCUUAGUAAUCCCUCAUAAAACUAAGGCAUAAUAAUAAGAUAAAACCUAUGGAGAAAGCUACCUAAAAAUUAAAAAAUUUUUUUUUACAAUGAACAUGGAAACUUUACAAUCUCUUUUUAUAUUGUCAGAUGUUAUCAUCUGCGGCAUCACAAGUGUCUACAGCAAAUACAGAAGAAACGAGGUCAUCCAGGGGAACCGACCAGCAUUAACAUGUGUUUAUGUGAUAAUAUAAUUCAUUUAAUUUAUAUAUUUCAAAAACUAAUGAGCUUAAACAUUUAAGACGAGAAAAGUUAAUUAAAUAAUAAAAAUUAAAGAUUGGGCUGUUUUAAUUUUGUGCAAUUUCUUUCCUCAAAUAGCACGUGGGUAGCACUUUUUACUGGAACAAAAGUAACUAAUGAAAAAAAUGUAUCAGAAACAGGAUUUUAUGUUUGUUAAUUGGAGCAAACAUAAUCGUUGAGGAUGAGUUGUAUCUCUGUAUGCCACUUAGCUGUGCCUGAUGCCAGCUUUGAGGAUGAGUUGUAUCUCUGUAUGCCACUUAGCUGUGCCUGAUGCCAGCUUUUAGGAUGAGUUGUAUCUCUUUAUGCCACUUAGCUGUGCCUGAUACCAGUUAUGUAAGUGCUUGUAGUUGUUUUCAUAAUUUUGUAAAAGCUUUGUUUUCAUUGUAUGCUUGCAAAAUAAAAUUCAUUUUGACUAUUAUUGUGCAAUAAACUGUUUCUUCAUAUUAUAAUAAAUCCAUUAGAUUACCAUCACUACAGGUAAGAGCACUGCAUAAAUAAAACAAUUUCAAUAGUGGAGCAGUUUUUCUCUCUAUAAAUUACAAUGUGUUUGCUGGGGUUAUUAACUAUUAAUUGAACAAAUCUCAACUUUCAAUGGUAUGCAGCUUAUUUUAUUGACUUUAAAUUUGAUUACUUAAUCAAGGUAACUUUAUGAAGUUAAUAUGAAUAUCUGUAUGGAAAGGAAGCAAGUGGCAUUAGUAUUUAUAAUGAUGUUUGCCAGUUGAUUAUGCCAUGAUGUUUAUAUUCAUUUAAUCAACUAUAAUCCUGUAUAUGUAUAAUGUUUUGAUGCUUUAAUUUUAAUAGCCUUACCAUGUAUAUCUCAAUGUCACACUGAAGGGGUGGAACUAUAUUUAAUUUAAAUUCUCGUGCAACAGAAACUGAGUUUAAAACUUUUAAAAAAAACAUUACAUUCCUUGCAAAUGAAUACAUUUGAUGCUGUUAACUUAACAUUUUUAGUUACGCUAUUUGAUUUAAAAAAUCUCUUAUUUUGAAAGUGACUUUUGUUUUUGUUCCAUUAUUUAUUUUUUUGGGGGGUUGAAAAGAAGUGUGUAGUGAAAAAAAAGGAUGAAUAUUCUUUUCACAUUUACAACUGAACAUGACAGCAUUCAUGGGUGGCUUGAAAAUGUUGAAAGGAAUAUUUGCAGUGGUAUAGUUAUUUCAUAGUUCAUUGUUUUUAAUCUGUUUAAAAUAUUCUACGACCAACAGUUAUUAAUGGUAUUAACACCAGUUGUUGAGGGUAUUUAUUCAAACAGGGGAUUGUUAAUUUUGUUGAAUGCAUGUUUGGAGAUGAAUCUGAUGAAAGUAAUCUUAUAUUAUCUAAUGUUAGCUAAUUAAAUUCCAGUGGAACCAUUGUUUACAAGAUUUUCAAGCUCUUGUAGGUAUGUCCUCGUUUUAUUGCCAAUGUAAGUGAAUUCCCAAUAGAACUAUUGUGAAUGCUACUUUUUAUUAAUCCAAAAAAAAAAUAUGAUUCAACUUUUAUUUAAGCAAAUUCUUUUUUUUUUUUUUUGUCAAAUAGAUCCGACUAGCAUAACUGUAAAUGUAAAAUUUAAAACU